GUAAAGAGGGCUCCCCUACAACCGGAGCCCUGCCCCGGGGGGCGCUGCGCUGCCCACCUUCUGCUACGGGUGAGAUUCAGUCGCUGGGCGCUCUGCCCGCUCGCCCUGACGCCCCUCGACCCCCGCAGGCCGCUCUCCGUUCCUCACGGCGAUGGCCUCGCUCAGUCUAUCCGAGUUGCUGGACGCGGCCAUCGGGACGCCCGAAAUCGGGGCCGUCAACUUCACGGCGCUGUACAGCCUGCUGCGCGCCAUGCUGCAGCACCUGGGAAUGCAGCACCUCCCGGCCGCGGGGCGGGCAGCGGCACCCGGGGAGCGUCCCGAGCAGCGGGGCGUUGCGAGCAGCUCCACAGCCCCUGAUGCGCUGAAGGAGGAGAGCGAAGGAAAGGAUAGCGAUGACUUCAGGGGCUCCAAGGACCUCCUCGAGGAACUCGGUGGGAUGAAAGCAGCGCAAUCCCAAAUGGGAGAGGAGCUAAGGAUGAUUAAGGGGAUGCUGGGCCUGGAGGACGGCCAGGACUCCACGGCACAGCAGUGGGGCCGCCGUGAUGGGGUGAGGUCAGACAGUGAUGUGGGACAGCCACAAAAGCACCUUGAGCCCGUGCUGGGAGCUGACAGGGACCGACUUUCAUCCUCUGAAUCCUCCGAGUCUGAUGAUGACACCCAACAUGAGGAUGGCCUGAGGAGACCUGCAGGGGGACGGGGGACACAGUCUGUGCCCACAGCUGGCAGAGAGACUGCAGGAACACAGCCUGAUUCCCUGGGGGCACAACCAAAGAUGAGGAGGGCAUCACAGACCCCUGAGAAGUGGGCAGGCACUGCCUCAGAUCAAGCAGGGACAUCUGGUGCCACUGCCACCACCCCAGGGACACAGCCAGGGUCCCCUGGCACCCAGGUCACCACUCCAGGGAUGCAGCCGGGGUCCCCUGGUGCACAGACCAUGACCCCGGGGACACAGCCAGGGUCCCCUGGCACCCUGGGGGCACAGCCAGCACCCCUGUGGUCCCAAGGAGGAGCAGUGGGGGCUCAGCCAUCCCCCCCCAGCACAGCACCUCACACUCAGACCAUCCCCUCCAAAGCCACCCCUGGUGCCAUGGGGGCAGGGGUGGAUGAUGUACGCUCCAAGGGCAGAGAUGAAGCUUUGCAGCUCUUAUCACCCACUGCUCUGGGAGCUGAGACGUCCCCUGGCAUCGACACUGGUUCCACAUCCCUUGCACAAGGGCUGGCAAUGCCUGAGGUCUCUGGCCAGGACGUGGGCACAGCGGAGGCUCUCAAGCAGCUCAGCCACCUCUGCAGUGCCCUGGAGGAGCGGGUGGCCCAGCUGGAGGCCACAAAGUCAGACCGCACCGAGCUGGAGGAGCUGCGUCUGCCUUUCCUGGAGGAAGGCCAGGAGAGCAUCGCCAGCGUGCUGACCGACCUCCAGCACCGCGUGUCUGCGCUGCAGGGCAUGGCCAGCGACCUGCAUGGAGAGAAGGAGAAGAUCAAGCAGCUGCAGGACGCCUUCGGGAAGCUGGGGGUGAUGGGGGCCGAUGGGAAAGUGGACGGCAGCCUGCAGCUGGGGUCUGUGCUGCAGGAAAUGAGGAGGGAGCUGAAGGAGCUGAGGGAGAAGCAGGAUGCAGCCAAAGCCAUGCUGGAGCAGCUGGUGGCCGACACUGCCAACGGCCUGCAGGAGCAGCUGGACGAGCUGCGCUCCGUGCUGGGCAGCACCACGCAGCCCCCCAGCAGCGCAGAGCAGGAUGAGGCCCCGUGCCCGGUGUGCAGCACAGAUGUGGGGGCACAGCUGGGGCGGCUGCUGCAGCGCUACGAGCAGCUCCAGGAGUUGGUGGAGUCGGUGUCAGCACGGCAGGCGGCGGGCAAGGCGGGCAGGCAGCGGGCGGGCAGGGAGCAGCAGGACGAGGAGCUGCUGAAGCACAUCCAGGCUGCCAUCACUCGGGUGCAAGGGGACUGUGAGAAGCUCAGCUCUGUCACUGGGAACCUCAUGGAUGACCGCCACCAGAGGCAGAGGGACAUUGAGGCUCUGUUCCAGUCCCUGGAAAGGCUGGAGAAGGAGAAGGUGGACAAAGAAGAGCUUGUGCUGGAGAUCGACGUGAAGGCCGACAGAGCCGCCCUGGCCGGCAAAGUCAGCUGUGCCCAGUUUGAUGCAGCCAUGGAACAGCUGAACGGAAUGAUUGGGGAGAUGCUGAGCAAGGUGACGGGGCAGGAGCAGGACUGGCACCAGGUCCAGCAGAAGCUCAUUGAGGAGCUGGACUCCAAGUUGGAUCGCCUGGAGUUGGCCCCGCUGCGGCAGCAGCUGGAGGAGCGCUGGAGGAGCAUCCUGAAGCAGCUCAAGGAGAAAACACCGCGGGUGGAGGCUGAUGAUGCUGCAGGGAUUCGGAAGCAGCUGCUGGCCCAUUUCCACUGCGUGUCCUGCGACCGUCCCCUGCACAUGCUGGUGCCUGGACCGCACAUUGUGACCAUUCCACCGCUGCCACCGCUGCCUUCCCGCGUGGCCGUGCGUCCCCGUGCCACCUUCCAGCCGGAGCAAGGCCACAGGGAGCAGGGGCCCCUGUCUGGGUUCCUGCAGGUGCCGCGGCGCUGCGGGGGGCAGCACACCGUCACCCACCCACUGCAGCGCUGCCCAUGGCCCCCACACCUCCCAGCCUACGGCCCCACGCCGCCUCAACCCCAUGGCGGCAUCACCAAGGAGCAGGGCGAGAUGGAGCUGCUGGGCCAGGAUGGGCACAUCUACAAGGGCCGGUGGGACGCUCAGCUGCCUGCCCUCGCAGGGAAGGAGGGCUCACUGAGGGAUAAGCCCAAGCUGUCCCCCAGGCACUGGGGUGCUCAGGACACCAACUUCCUGCCCGUGAGGCCCCAGAGCGCCCUGUCCCCACUCAGCCGGCCAGGCACCCCCAGGCUGCUGGAGCAGCGCCCAAUGUCAUCCCACGGCCGCCUGCCCCACCUGUGGCCACCGCAGGGCAAAGAAAGCCCCACAGCAGAGAGAGGAGGGGGAACCCCAUCUGAAACCCACCCAUGGGCACCAGGUGGACCCACGGGCUGCAGCCAGUAGCAAUAAAGAGCAGUGGAUGAGAUGCAUCUGCAUGGUCAGGGUAGAGAUGGGGUUGGUUUUGCCUUCAGCAUCCCUCUUCUGUUUGUAUGGACACUUUGUCCUUCACUACCUCCAUCCAUCCAUCCAUCCAUCCAUCCAUCCAUCCAUCCAUCCAUCCAUCCAUCCAUCCAUCCAUCCACCCAUCCAUCCAUCCAUCCAUCCGUCCAUCCAUCCAUCCAUCCAUCCAUCCAUCCAUCCAUCCAUCCAUCCAUCCAUCCACCCACCCAUUCCCCAUCCCCACUCCUUGCUGCCCAUGCAGGUUAUGGGGCUGGCCCUCACCCCCCUCCAACUGGCACCUCAGUGCGGAUGCAGGGGGACACAGGGCUGGGAUUUUCCCAUCAUGCACUCAGAGCAGCAUCAUACACACGCAGCAUCCUUUAUCCUGAGCCCCAAGGGGUGAAUGCUCACACAGGGCAUCCCCUGCCCCACCUGCUCCCAGUGCAGGAGCUGGGACUCCAUGUCCCUGCGACUCCAUGUCCCUGCCUCACCACAUUGGAACCCAACAGUCCAUCUACUUAAAUCACAUUUCACAAGGCCCUGAUUUACUGCUGCAGUGACUGCAGCUGCUCUGCGCUGCUCCCACCUCCCCAGACGUGUUUGUUUGGGGUUUAUUUUCCAUGGGGGGAGGGCAGUGAGGCUAUGAAGGCAGGAUGGUGGGGGAGGCACCAACAAACGGGUCUGGGCAGUGCAAAAAGAGGGGAAACAGAGCAACAGGUUAAGGCUCAGCUGGGACACACUGAGCUCAGCCCCCCACCCCAUCAGUGCCCACCCACACCGCCGGUCCCAUAAGCACCAGCACCCCUUCAACCCCAGUGCUGCUGCGCUCAGAGCAGGUAAGCAGACCUGGAUGGGCUUUGCUUUCCCUUUGUAGAGCCUCCCUGUCCCUACCUGUGUGUCCCCAGACCCACUGCACCCCAGGUUCGGGGGGUUUCGCCCCAUUUUCUCAUUGCAUGCUGAGCUGGGGGUCGAGUUGGAAAGGAAUGCCAAGGUUGGGGCUGUUAUGGAAGGGCGCUGUGCUCCCCCAGCAAAGAGAAGAGGCAGGGACAGCUGCUGUUAAAAAAGUGAUUAUUAUUAUUAUUUUUUUUUUAAUUCUUUUUAAAUUAAUAAAAAACCUUUGAGCUGUUUGCUGUUGUUUUCUGUCCGUUUUUUUUUUUUUCUCUUUU